AUGCUGUACCGUGCGUGCUGGCGGCGGCUGCCGCGCCGCGCCUCGGCCGGGGCCUGCGGCACAUGGAUGGCGUCGUGCCGCCCGUACAACACGGCACUGCCGUCAAAGAGUAAAAAGGCCGCCUCGGGCGGAGGCGUCUUCGCGCGUGCGCAGUCCGGCGUUCACAUGUACGCCAACAAGGAGAAUGCGUGGAGUGGGCACACCGACGACCGUUUUUACGGCGCCAAGCGGCUCCGGGAGUACUGGCGUCGGAUGCUGAAGGAUCGCGGGGUGCGGUAUUACUUAUUCGGCACCGUCGUCGUGAUGGCCGCGGCGGGGGCAAAGCUGUGGCGGCUGCAGGAGCAGCAGAAGGAGGCGCUUGGGCUCCUCGGCCCCAAGAAGAAGGCGUACCGCAGCCGGCUGACGGUCGUGCUCGACGUCGACGAGACGAUCGUGUCGUACGGUGACAAGGCCUUCCGCAUGAAGGCCGGCAUGGUGGUGCGGCCGUACCUGGCGGAGCUGCUCGACUACCUCGCCGCCAUUGACGCGGAGGUGGUGCUGUGGUCGGGCUGCAGCGAGCGGUACAUGCGGCAGGUGCUGAACGUGAUUGACCCCGGCGGGAUACGUGUGUCGCAGUACAUUGUGCGCCACCGUGACUGGUUCACCCGGGACAACUACUACGAGAAGAACGUGCUCUGGCUGAAGCGCCCGCUGGAGGACACCCUCAUCGUGGAGAACCGCCCACUGAGCGUGCGCAACUGCAACGCCAACGCCAUCCUUGUGGAGGACUUUGUGCGUGGGGAGUACAUGGACAACGGCCAGGACUACCCCCCCAAGGACCACGCCAUGCGCACCCUGAGGCAAAUUCUUCAGGACCUGCAGGAGUCGGGGCGGCCUGUGCAGGAGUACCUCGCCGACGCCAAGCACCGCAACAAGGAAAUUAAGGAGAUUCCGUGCCAUUUGGCAUUCAGACAGUUGCCGGAUGAGUUGGCGCGGGGUGUCUUUUACUUUGUCGGGGGCAAGUACCGGGCUGCUGCAGGUGCGGACAGAAGAGGGUAA